CGCGCGGAAGGCGCCGAUGAGCGGCCGCCGCCCGGCGCCAUUGCCAUGAAGAGUUCCUGGGGGAGCGGCAGGUAAGUGCUGCCGCCCGCGGAGAGGGACCGGCACGGCUGCCCUGCGCCCCCCGACCCCUGGCACCGGCGGGGGGGGCAGAGCCUCCGCCCCGCCCCCCGUGUCGCGCCACAGGUGGGCGAGGGGCGCUGGGCGCGGCUGAAGGCUCUGCCCCGGGCGGCAGGUGUUUCUCUGCUCUCCUGAGAGGCGUCCCGGGCGAAUGGCCGGGCGGAGCCAGCCCCCAGCCGGAGCCCUGCCCGCCGCGGGCAGCAGCCGCGCGCACCCGUUCGGAAACGGUCUCCAGGCGGACGGCGAGGCGCAGGAGGAGGACGGGGAGGUGUCGGAGCUGCGCCCCAGAGGGAGGGAGAAGGUCCGGCGCAGCACCUCGCGGGACCGGCUGGAUGGAAUUGUGCUGCUAACGAAGGACAUCCAGGCAGGCGAGACUCUGAACGCGAUAGCGCUGCAGUAUUGCUGCUCGGUUGCAGACAUCAAGAGGGUUAAUAAUCUUAUCACUGACCAGGAUUUUUUUGCGCUGAGAUCUAUCAAAAUUCCAGUGAAGAAGUUCAGUGUAUUGACUGAAACGCAUUGCUCUCCAAAAGGCAAGCAAGUUUCAAGACCUUUAUCAUCUACUCAGUUUUCCCCAGAAUUCCAAGAAACAUCCCCAGCUUCUGAUUCAUUUUCCUGUAAUGAGACUGUUGGCAACUUCUUGAAAGAAGUGGAUCGCGAUAUAGAACAAAUAGUAAAGUGCAAUGAUACGAAAAGAGAGAAUCUUAAUGAAGUUGUUUCUGCCUUAUCCGCACAGCAGAUAUGCUUUGAACCUGAUGCUAAAACCAAAAAGCGGAAAGAUCCCUAUUACGGAGCAGACUGGGGCAUAGGAUGGUGGACAGCAGUGGUGAUAAUGUUGGUGAUUGGCAUAAUAACUCCAGUUUUUUAUCUCUUAUAUUAUGAGGUUUUAGUGAAAGUGGACGUUAGUCACCAUUCUACAAUGGAAUCUGCCCACUCACUAGUCACAGCACCAUCACAACAAACAAAUGGAAUAAAUCCAGCAAACAUCAUGGAUGUUGAGAGUGAGGAGGAGCUUCAGCAUUACAAUGGAAAGUCCCAGGAGACUGUUGUUCAUAGACAUAUAUAACAUAACUUUCACAUGAAGAGAGAAACAGUAUAGAAUGCAAAAUGCAUCUGGAAUGGAAUGCAAAGAAUAGAUAUUACUGAUGUAUACAUUCCUUCUUUUUGGGCAGUAUUAAAGUACAAGGAUGCUUUGCUUCCUUUAUUUAAAUAGUUGUGGGAACCUGCCAUAUUUACAUAGGAGAUAAUCCUUCUGUGGGUCACUUAAACUGUCAAGCAUGUUGACAGAUGACAUUACCAGGUUUAAUGUGAGAUUGUCAUGGUAUAAAUGUGUAUGUAAACAGGUAUUUUUGAAAGGCUUUGCACUUUUUUCUAUUUAAAUAUAACCUGUUUUUGUUUUGUUUUUUUUUAAUUAACGAUUGCUGUUAA